AUGCUGCCAUCCUCACCUCCGAAGAAGAAGACUCUUCCUUGAGGGUUUGCGCGCUCUCUGCUUAGGAUUGUGACGAGAUGGUGCUUCCGGGUGACAUCGAUCUGCUCGACCCUCCGCCGGAGCUCGAGAAGAGACGCCACAAGAAGAAGCGCCUCGUUCAGUCUCCGAACUCCUUCUUCAUGGAUGUGAAGUGCCAAGGGUGCUUCAACAUAACUACCGUGUUUAGUCACUCUCAGACGGUGGUGAUCUGUGGGAACUGCCAAACUGUGCUCUGUCAGCCAACCGGCGGUCGAGCCCGGCUUACCGAGGGGUGCUCCUUCCGGCGGAAGACCGACUGAUGCUUGCCUGCUCCUUCCUCCUCCCUCCUCCCUCCUAGCUAUUACUCAAAAGAGGUUAUAUGUCAAGCUUAUCGAGGAUGCUCUGUUACUGAACAGCGAGUGGAUAGUGUGUUGGUGAUGUAGAUUACUGGCUUUGCUGUUUCGCUAAGUAUAAUCUAUAGUACGUAUACAACGUGAAGAAGGAUACAUGCUUUAACCAUAAGAAUCCAUUAUAGUCA